AUGGCUUUGGUCAAGCGUGAGCCUCUCAAGCCAGAUGUAAAAGUGGAGGGGGGAGCUGAGAAGGCGACACCAGAGCCACCAAAAACAAAAGCACAGAAAGUAGAAGACUUUUCCUUGGCCCUGGAACUUGAGAACUGCAAGGCCGUGAGGACGGUUCUAAGGGAGGAGGGUGCCCUCAUCCGCUGGCCUUCCAAAGAGCUUGAGAAUGUCUACACUCUUGAGUGCAUUGGCCUGAACAUUGGUGUGAUGUCAGUGGUUGCUCAACACCACUGCUCCAAAAACAAUGUGGUCAAGGCGCCUCAGAUUGACUUCUUGAAAGCUCAGAUCUGGCGUUUGAGAAGCAUGCUGGGCUACAAGUUGAACCCGGUGAAGAUCCACCAGGAUGCAUGGACUCUGAAGAAGCUCUUCUCAUACUCGAUGCGCCGCACUGGUCUGGAUAGCCGCCACCACAAGGACCACAGCCCAUCACGUCGUGCACCUGGUGUUGCAGAGUACUUUGAGAUCAUCAACAAGUGCUGGGGUGAAGAGCUUCGGAGGCUUCAUGAGGAACGCGCUGAGCGAAGGAAGAGCCCUCAGGAACCGGUUCCUGUGCUUGAGAUUGUUGAUGAUGAUGGCGAUGAUCUAGGCUUGCUUGAGAAGGAGUCCCUCAAACAAGCGGAGCAAGGAAUCAUCACUUUGGUGCUGGAUCUAGAAGAAAAUCUCGAUGAUCCUCCCAAGCCAGCUCCUAAGUCUGAUGAGCCUCCUGUGACACCUGUGUCUCCGCGCUCUUGCUUUGCAAAUCCUGGGGAUGUGGCUGACAAGAUCCGCCAAGUGAAAAGAGCAAACUCAAAUCAGUGGCUUCUCCAGAGCGCACUGCCUCCCAACAUUGACUCCAUGCCAACCUUGCCCUACAAUCCUGGAGAUGCUGAGUUGACCUGUGCUGCCAAAGAUCCCUACCAGGAUUAUGUGAUGUCACUGGACACUCCGCCUGAUGCGCUUGCAGCCGAGUUUCAGCCUGAUUUUUCCAAAGAAAGUCAGGCAGGGCUUGAGGGUCAGAAACCCUUGCAGCAAAAGGAGCUUGAAUCUUCAGAUGAGAAGGAGAAUGCCCUGCUAGCUCCUGUUGAUGCAGCUAUUGCUUCCCGCAAUCUUCUUGGACGAGCUGAGGAGAAGGCUGUGGAGGAUGGCGCUCAAGAAGCUCAGGAGAGUGCUGCUUGUGAGGCUGAGCCAAAGAAGGCUCUGAAGGAGAGCGAAACGGAUGCUCUUCGUGAUCUUGAGGAAAGGGCCCUUAGCGCGACUGAUGAGAAUGAACGGAUGCAUCUUGAACUUGAAUGGGGAAAGGCUCUUCUUGCUAAGAAAGAAAAAACCAUGCGUGAGACUGAGCAGGCUGUGGAGGUGAAGACACUUCUCCUUGAGGCCAGCCAGAAAGCGCUUCAUGAUUGUCAUCUGCAAGCUGAACAGGAGAAGGCGGCUCUUCGCAAUGCUUUGGAGAUUUCUGAGAAGGAGAAGGCUCUGGCACGUGAUGCUCUGAAGAACUCUGAGAAAGAGAAGGCUCUGGCUCGUGAUGCUUUGGAGAACUCUGAGAAGGAGAAGGCUUUGGUGCGUGAUGCUUUGGAGAACUCUGAGAAGCAGAAGGCUCUGGUGCGUGAUGCUCUAGAGAACUCUGAGAAAGAGAAGGCUCUGGCUCGUGAUGCUUUGGAGAACUCUGAGAAGGAGAAGGCUCUGGUGCAUGAUGCUUUGGAGAAAUCUGAGAAGGAGAAGGCUCUGGCUCGUGAUGCUUUGGAGAAGGCUCUUGAAACGGGCAAAGUGCAAGGUCCUUCUCUUCCGGCGGCUUGUGGUGGUGAUGCAGCAGCUUUGGAGGAAGCAGCUCGAUUGGCAGAAUUGAAGGUUGCUGCUGAUCUCGCUUUGACUGCUGCGACCCAACAUGGACACAAUCCUCUUGCAGCUAUAGCGGGUCUGCUGGACCAGGAGCCAGAGCAACAGGUGCACUUCACAAAGCUGGUGCAUGAGGUUGCAGAGGUCAUGCAAAAACAUGUCACGGAGCAGAACAUGAGUGCGGAAGAGGCAGUGGCUUCCCUGAGGCGCAAACUCUUGGCACAGGAGAAGGUGCCUGUCCCCAGACGUCUGGACCAGUUUGCAGCUAGACCGCCAAGGAAAAACCGUGGUCGUGGCCGUGGUCGUGGAAAGCAGGCGACUGGAGACGAGGUGAUUGAUCUUGAAGAUCAAGAAGAGGUUGCUGAAGAGGCUCCUGAAGGUGAGCCGUCAGCUUCUUCAAAGAAGAAGGCAAAGGCCAAGGCCAAGGCUCAGGCUGCGCCAAAGCGGCAGCCCACUCCAAAGGCUAAGGCAAAAGCCAAGGCCAAAGGACAAGCAAAGAAAAAGGCUGAGGAGGAGGAAGCGGCCAAGGCGGAACCGCUUCCGGAGAAUGCCGCAGAGGAGGAUGCCGCAGAGGUGGAGCAACCGAAGAAACGUCAGAAGACUUCCAGCACCUUUGGGAGACGACUGUGCCCCUCAACACGUCCUGCCAAGACCCGUUGGGAGGCCAUCAGGGACGUGUUCAGUGAGAAGCUGGAAAGCCAAAUCCGUGAUCUUGGGCACACGGUUUACCAGUGGCAGGAGAGGUCAUGUAUGGCCUUCGUAGAGGUCAAAUUGGCCUGGCGAAGCUGGGGCUGGGGGCAAGCCCUGCUGAUCUCCCAGGUUUCAGAAGACCGCACUGUAUUAGAGCUCUUCCAGCAGGCGUCCUAUGUGGACUUAUGGGACGAUUGCUGCGACUUGAAUGAUGUGAUCAUUUACGCUAGGGGAAGCAAACGCCUUCGUAUCCCUUCUUCAUCCUGGAAGGAUGCCUUACCAACUCACCUUCCACUGGGGUAA